CGGGGUGGGUUUUAAUCCAAAGCAUGAAAGAGAAUCGAUCUUGUCCACUUUCCAGUGUAGGACUGCUUAAAGUCCGUUAGCACUGGAUGCCAAUUCCCCAGCCGAUGGCAUUGCUCCUGCUAUUAGCCCGCUAUAGGCGACUAUGUCUCCGAAUCAUUCUUAAGUGACAGCGACCGCGGAGGGAUCCGAGCAUCCCCGGGUGACGCGGUUGGUUGCUGGGUGUGGGUGAGGAACUACUUUACGUUCCGGCAACUUUCAUUCUUAACUCAUCUGACAGCGAAGCAGCAGAGCACUUUGCAAACUGUCCCGGAUUAUCCCAGGGAACAAUGGCUUUUUAAACUUAGUGUCGCCACCCCGAGAAAACCGUGCUUUGCAUCUGCAACGCACCCUCUACAAACAAACACGAAAUUCUGCAAGAAUGGAGUCUCACAAUGCUCCCUCAGCUCUGUCCUCCGUGGCUCAUCUGCGCAGCUCUGGUACAUCGCAUCCGUUCGGAGUCCUGAAUCGAAAUCCAAGGAAUGAUGGCGACGUCGGCUGCUCACUGGAAAGUGAGCCCCCUCGGCUGCCCGGCAGACCACCUUGCUCUGCCUCUCCCACAGGCUAACGCCAGCCAAUCCCAGGGAAGGAGGGGGGAGGAGUCAGCCGAGAGCCAGCACUUAAUUGGUGAUGGUCUGACCGACUGGAUGACGGAAAAAGUGGAUUUCUCCUCUUACCUCCCUCCCUCUCACUCCUCCCCCUCCCCCAACCCCUCCCUUCCCCCCUCCCCCCCCCACCAACAUGAUGUCCAGGUGCCCUCCGACCUGGAGGUCAUGACCUCCCUGCUGCAGGAAGAGCUGGCGCAGCUGGAGGAUUACUUCCUGUCAGAGACGGAACCGGAGAAAAUGGAGAAAGCCGACAAAGCGCCUCUCCCAGCGGGGCCCCAGUCUUACUACCAGUUGCCCUAUACCGCUUACAGCUCCGGUCAGCCGGAGUCCAGCCCACUUCUCGUUACUCUGGCAACUGGGGAGCUUGACCUCUUGAGCUUCUGCGGCGGCCCCAUUGGCCGACCCAAAACACCUAGACCCGCCCCUUACAGCUGCGGCCACCCAGGUGGCAGUGGCGGUCGUAAGAGAGCCUCAGACAGUGGAAGGGUAGACGACAGAUUGGAUAAUAGCAUCUGGAACGGCAAAGGAAAUAACUCAGGAACUCCGGGGGUGGCCCUUAGCUACUGCUUCAUAGUGGACGACGUGGACAACAGGGUGGUUGGGGAGGAGUACUGUCACGAUAGCACAGCGGGAGCUAGGAAAGACAGCACGUUGCUGAAAGAGGAAGAGAAUUACUGUUUUGCGGAAGAUGUCACUAGUGGGGUUAAGGUCGUUGGGGCGUAUUGUCUAGGAGGCGCGCUGGAGAACGCCCACAAGAAAGGGGGGCAGCUGUUUUACGGGUCGAAGGAGGGCGGCGGCAGGAACGAUGGCACUGAGGCAGAAAAACUGGGUGACGGUAGAGGCAGCGACCUGCUAGAAAUAGUCGGCAGGGAGGCGGGCGGCGAGCCCUGUUUCGCGGAGGUCGCGGCGACGGGAGAGCCCUACGGCAGCUUCCUGGAGGCGGCCGCCCAGUCCGCGAGAGACGGGGAAUUGGGGGCUGGAGGCCAGCACGAGGGGUUUGCCUUCGCUGGCUUCCUGGGAGAGCAGGCGUUAGGGGGAGAGGGGGAAGAGGAAGGGGGAUUGGUGGGGGCGGAGCCAGUGUCUCCCCCCCCCAGAGCAGCGUGGGUCUCAGCAGGAGUCAGAGGGGCACAGGAAGAGGACCCCGAUGUCAAGUCAGAGCCAGAAACUGCCACCGGUGAACCCAGGAAUGGAGAACGCAAGCAGAAGAAAAGGGAUCAGAACAAGACUGCCGCUCACAGGUACCGGCAGCGCAAGAGAGCGGAGCUGGACAGCCUGGAAGAGGAGCUGAGGGGGCUGGAAGGCAGGAACCGAGAGCUGCGGGACAAGGCCGAGUCUGUGGAGAGAGAGAUCCAGUACGUCAAAGACCUGCUCAUCGAAGUCUACAAGGCACGCAGCCAGCGCCUCAAGCAAGACACCAGCGCCUGACACCCCGGAACAAGGGGCACCCAGCUUUAAACACCAAGAAAACCAAGGACCUAGAGUGUCAAGGGGGGGCAGGAGACUGUAGGUGAUUCUUCCCUUUUUUUGUUGUUGCGUUAUUGAUUUCAGUCUGUCGGCUCCAAAUCACAAUUUGACGGUCCUUCUUGUGUCACCUCUGAUGCCAUCCAAUAAUAUUUAUUGGUAAAGAGAAAAAGAAAAACUGAUUACAUCCAUUAGCACUGUGAAACUGACAAUCUCUGGCGUCUUGGAACUUGUUAUAAGGUCUUGAAACGCAUUGCUUUUUCUUAUAAUUAUGAAACCGUACAGUUUGUGUUUUGGUGUCGCUUUGAAAAGAUUUACAUUUGUCUUUUGUUGCUAUACCUUUGCGUUAUAUUGGAUGGGACACAUAAGUCUAAUUUUUGAAAACAUUUUGCUUUUAUUUCUGAAGACUGGUUUAAAAUGUUGUAUUUCAUUCUUUAUUAAUUCAUGAAUCAGAAUACAUUUCAUUGACAUUGAAGCUAAGAAAAUGUGUUCAUGUCAAAGGAGGGAGAGACUUCUUUGAUGUUUUUUAACUUGCAGUUACCAUAGUUAAAGAAGACCAUGUUUGCAAAGUGGUGCAACAAUGAGUAAAAAUAAAUAUACCAUUUACAAAACCUCAUACAAUAAAUUUCUAAAUAUGCACUUCAUAGCAAUUGCAGGCUUAUCGUAUACAAGUUAAUCACUCUUCUUUGGCUGAAGUAGCCAAAGUUAGAUAGAAUUUAUAGGUUACAAGAAUUAUAGGUUGCAUCCCAGGACAACUUCAAAAGUCACAUAGAUUUCUGUAUUCUGCAUGGCACCCCUGACUGCCAACAGUAGUGAACGUUUAAGCGCCUCGGGGCAACCUUGUUGUGAAAGGCGCUAUAUAAACAUAAAUUGAAUUGAACGUUUUGGAGUUUUGUGAAUGGACGCGACACUGAUAAGUGUGUACAGAUCUACACCAGCUCUUGUACAAAAAGUCUGCUUAAAGACUUCCCACUCUCCCCCAAUACCCAAAUCUGAAUCUGCUCUUCACACAGGGAUUCCUUUGUAAAAGAAACUUGAUGUCACUGCUGCACAAAAGGCGUGCUUAUCUGCUGACUGCUGCUUUUACAUACUGCUCCUAAUACCCUUUUCCCCCUGCUGUGGAAGCAAAUUAGAAUACUCUUCGAAUUGUGUCUUUUUAAUAUUGCAAGGAAAGAGCUGUUGAUCUUCUUUGGCUGUUUUUAUUCCUGACUAGUGCUUUUGUGAAGUGUAGCUCUGCUUGACGAGAUGCAGCAUCCUGGGUUUUUUUUUCCCCAUCAUUUUAUUAGCACUACUAUUGUUAAUACCUUUAGGCAGCAUGGCUAUAAGCUUGCUAUGGCAUUCUGCAGUGGCUCUUGUAAUGCUGGGAAGAGCCUUUUAAUAGCUUUUUUCUUUUUCUUGCACUCGAUGCAUGAAGUGCUCGUUUAUUUCUUAGUAAUCACGGAGGGGAGACCAGGAAGCUGCAUUGUUUAAUUUACGCGUUGACACAUCUCGGCGAUGUACAAUCAGCUAGUUACAUAGCAUUCGUGUAUCCAGUUUUGUCUCAUCUUGUUCUGUGUUUCGAGAGGUCUGUAUUGGGCCAAAUAUCUGAGCUUAAUAUAUAAUGUAUCCAAGGUUGUCAUGUUGAUAUAGCAGGGAAUUACGAGGUGCUAUCAGUACACUGAUUUUGUAUCGGCAAGUGUUGUAACUUAGUCAUCUCUCUGCUUUGUUUGAACUUGUUAAUCCUGUCAUCUAAAUAAAGUGAUUUGUAUCUCUGUUA